CCCGUGCUGGUGGCGGAGCGGCACCGGGUACGGUAUCGGUACUUGACCCAGCUCGGGGCUGCGCUGCAGGGAUGCCUGACUGUGAGGUAGGUGACUGAACCUCGGGCAUGGAAGGGAGAGGACCUUACCGCAUCUACGACCCCGGCGGGGGCUCGGAGGAGAAUGGACCCACGGCCUUCGAGCGGCUGGUGGAGGAGAACACCCGGCUGAAGGAGAAGAUGCUGGGCAUCAAGUCUAUUGGAGAGUUGCUAGAGGAGUCCCAGGUGGAGGCAUCCAAGCUGCGGCAGAAGGCAGAAGACCUCGUGAAGGACAACAAAAUGUUGAUAGCAUCUUCCUUGGAGGACCUGGUGGAAACUGGAGUUGUUGGCCCUGAUCCCAGCUCCACACGGACUGCCCCGGGCCGCACCCAGCCAGACACAGAAGCUCGGAAAUCUCCUGCAAGUGGAUCCUCCUCGGAGUUCGAGGUUGUGGCUGUCGAAGCGCAGGGGUUUCCCCAAGAGAGCAGGAGAGUGGACUUGGAGCAGCCAUCAAACGAGGAUGCCAACUUGCUGCCCCAGCUGCAGCAGCUGGAGAACACACUGAGUGGCUGUGCCAAGGAGGCCAGCAAGGACCAGGUCUUCGUGCGCAUGGGCUACAUGGCCUCCGAGCUCAAGCGCCUGGCCUCCAAGGUGCACAAGAACGAGCAGAGGACAUCCUUCCUGCAGACGCUGUGUGAGACACUGCACAGUGAGAACAAGGAGCUGAGAACCAAGCUAGAGCAUGACCUGGAGCAGAGGAACCAGGCACUGGAGAAACUCAGGUGUGAGAACCAGGAGCUCCGGAGGAUGGUGACACUGAGCAGCCAGGACAGUGGGAAGAGGGAAGCUGCUGAGCAGCAGCAGCAGAGCGGGGCCACGGUGGAGAAGGCGCCGGGCAGAGGAGAGCUGGAGGCCAAGGAGAAGAAGGUGAAGAUCCUGGAGCACCAGCGCAGGGAGCUGCUGGAGGUGAAUAAGCAGUGGGAUCAGCACUUCCGAGCCAUGAAGCAGAAGUAUGAGCAGAAGCUCACAGACCUGCACCAGGAGCUGGCCGAGGCCCGCAGGGCACUGACGGAGCUGGAGACGGAGCGGGAGCAGAAGCAGAGAGAUUUUGACCGCAAGCUGCUCCUGGCCAAGUCCCGGAUUGAGACAGAGGAGGCAGAGAAGGAGAGGCUGGCCAUGGAGGUGAGGGACCUGCAGCAGAGGAUGCGGUUCCUGCAGGAGCAGCUGGCUCCGGUCACCAGGCAACGGGAAUACCAGGAAAAGGAGAUCCAGAGGCUGAACAAGGCACUAGAGGAGGCCCUUAAUGUCCAGGCCUCUCCACCACCCAUCUUUGCCAGCACCAUGGAGCCAGUAGGGAAUAUGCCGCAGCAGGAGCUGCUAACCCAGAAUGAGCUACUCAAGCAGCAGGUGAAAAUUUUUGAGGAGGACUUCCAGCGGGAGCGGAGUGACAGGGAAAGGAUGAAUGAGGAGAAGGAAGAGCUGAAGCAGCAGCUGGAAAAGCUGCAGAAGCAGCUGGUCCUCUCCAACAACCAGCUGCGAGCCUCUAAGGAUGACUGCCAGAGGGAGAAGGAAGAGAAGGAGAAGCUGAAGAAGCUGCUGAAACAGCACAAACAGGCUUCUGGAGAGAGGCUGCACCCCGAACCGCUGCCAGGGCCACUGGGCCCUGCCUGUCCUGUGUACCAGUACCAGUACAGCCCCCCUGUGGCUCACCCCAUGUACCAUGGCUUUGAUGAGUGGCAGCAGAUCCGGUACCCGCCAGCCAUGCCCAGCGAGCACCCGCCAGGACAGAACUUCCACCAUUUUCCCCCGCCUGAGUAUCCCUGGCGCCCGCCCUGCGCCAUGGCUCGCAGCCAGAAUGCCCAGGCAGUGGCCGGGGUGAAGCCAGUGCCCAAGGACUUGGAACAGGCAGGUCCCAGACUGCCCUAACGCCAAGGACCAGCUGCACUGCGAUGCCAGCAGAA